GUACUGGGUAAAUUGAGAUUCUUAGACGUAACAUUAAACAUGAUCUCUCAGAUUACAGAAUAUCAUUUAUUUGGCCUGCACAGCUUGGAUACCCUCAUGUCGCAAGAAAACCCCCUUGUACAUAUCGACGUGUGUGCAUUGAUCCACCUCACUUCACUGAACAGCGUAGAUUUAGGGGACUUUCUCCCUCCUCCAAGUGAGGUGGAGAACAGUAUGAAUGUGACACAUAUAUUUGGUGCCAUCCCACAAGGGCUGACUCAUUUGAACCGGGGCCCAAGGACAGAGACAUGUCCAGGUCAUCAUCUAUCACCUUAUGGAGGCAGAGCUAACAUGCAAGAAUGAAAAUGCUAUCUAGAACUUUAAUAGGUACUCAGAGGCCAAUUGUUCCCUAGACGUGGGCUUUGUCCUGUUCAUCUGCACCUCCCUGGGCCUUCUCCUGUUCAUGCUGGCGGUGCUGCUCCAUUAGCUGGCCGGGGACUACCUGCUGGCCUCGGACACAUCGCCCGCAGCUGGCUGGAGGAUGCCAUGUGGAGGCCUUUGUGUCGUUCAGCGGGAGAGACAAGCGCUGGGUGGUGGAGAAGCUGCUGCCAGGCGUAGCAGAGGGGACCCCCUUUCCUGCGUGUCUGCUUGGACAGCAGGGACUUCCAGCUGGGGAAGGACAUCAUGGACAACAUCACAAACAGCCACUACGGCAGCCGCUACUCCCUGAGUCGUCACUACCUGUGCAGUAACUGGUGCUCUUUAAAGCUACGCCUGGCCACCCUCCGUCUGCUGGUGGAGCACAGGAACAUCCUCAUCCUGGUCUUCCUGGAGGACAUCCCCCUCGGCAACUGUCAGUCCAGCACCGUCUGGCCAGACUGGUCAAGAGCAGGACCUAUCUGGACUGGCCCAAGGACUCGGCCUUGCAGCCUCCCUUCUGGGACCGCAUAUGGACCAAACUGGCUCCUCCAGGGCCUGUGUGA